AUGGUUAGAGACGAAGUGACAAAACCUGCUAAGAACAAACGUCAUGCACUUCAUGGCAUUGAAAAAAAAGAAAUCUGUCAAAUAAAAAAAGACAAUCCCUCAAUUAAAAUAGCUGAAUUAGCCAAACAGUUUGAAUGUGCUAUACAAACAAUUAGUGAAAGUUUGUCAAAUAGUGACUACUGGCUUAAUAUUGAUGAAACCUCCACCACUG